AAUACGGACGCCGAGAUGGGCAUCGAGCUGAAUCAUGGAGAGUCGGGAGUUUCUGGUGGACAAGUCACCAUGGGUGGCGUCGACAGUACUGCCUUUGCCGGUGAUUUCACGUCCAUGAACGUUCCCUCCCCAGAUAGCCUUGGCGGUGUGCCUUCCUGGACGAUCCCCAUUGACGACAUCAGUGCAACAAUCGGAAACUCGAAGAGUGGAACUUCUCGCAAAGCUGGUGUAGUUUCGAAUGGCUUUGCCAGCAUCGACCCAUAUUAUCCAUUCAUCAGCGUUCCGUCGUGGGCUGCAGAGUCCUUUUACAGCCAAGUCCCAGGCGCGCAACGAGAUACUACAUUGAACCCACCACUCAACGGGAUAACCACCGGCAAUGUUCGCUAUACGGUUCCUUGCGACAGCAACAUCAACCUCAGCCUCACUUUUGGCGGACAACAGUUUGUCAUGGCUCCGCGUGAUGCCGUUUCAAAGGAAGGAGACGUGUGCUAUGGGACGGUCGAAGUCAACGACGAGGGAUUCAACCGCGUCGGUAGCCCAUUCAUGAGGAACGUCUACACGCGCUUUGGAGCUAGCUACGACGGAAAUGGCGCCGCCAAAUUCAACGUUGGUUUCGCUACCAAGACACCACGCACAAACAUCAACUCUAGUUCCGGAACACCAACCGAUACCGUUACGCUCACCGAUUCAACUGCAAGUUCGACGGGUACGGCGCUCGCCGCCAACAGUUCCGGCAACGCUGGUUUCAAGAACGGACCCACCUCUUUCCUUUCUGGACUCGUCUCUAUGGUUCUCUUGUUCUUUUUGAUCUAA